AUGCCCGAAUUCCCUGAGCCCAUCAUUUACAACAUCAAGCCUACAAAACUGGUCCCUAAUUCUCCGAAGCCGCUUCUUCUCUACAAGAAUGUCUUUGUCCGCGAUGGCAAAGUCGACGCUACCGCCGUCUUUGAUACCUUUCGUGCCAAUGACUGGGAUGUCCAGUGGGUCACAAAGUACGGCCGCCAACAAAGGUCGCACUACCAUGCUCAAGCCCAUGAAGUAAUGGUUGUCGCUUCUGGGCCAGGCCGUAUUCGCUGGGGAGUAGCCGACUUGAGCGAUGAUUGGGAGAAGCACACCUAUGGGGAUGCCUACGAAGAGGGUGGCCUCGACCUCGAGGUCAACGUCGGCGAUCUCUUUGUCAUCCCAGCUGGCGUUUCACACAAGUCUUAUGAUCCGACAGCGACACACAUCGAAGCCGAUUGUUUGACAGGAGCGGCCCGCGGCAUCACGGUGGAAAAUGCAAGAGUGGCAGUCUCAGAGCUGCCUAUGCGAGGGUUCGUCAUGAUGGGAGCCUAUCCACGCGGCUUCUCAUGGACCUGGGAGGAGACAGCUGGUACUCCAGAGGAGUUUGAGGCGGUUUGGGGCGUUCGUAACCCUGACUUUGACCCUGUUGUUGGCCAGAAGGGUGGCACAAACAAGUACUGGAAGAAUCAGCAGAAAGGCUAUAAGAGCGCGCUGUAG